GUCUUCUUACUCUUAGAGCCACAUGAGUUUCCAGCAGCAUCCCCACCAGGGCCAGUACCCAUACCAGGGCCAGCACCCACACCAUGGCCAGUACCCACCUCAUGGCCAUUGGAAUUCUCCUCUCCAUCCUCAGUAUCCACAAAGCUACUUUUCCCAGCAGUCCCCUCCACCCAGUUUCCCGGUUCCCCCGAUUGCCACUGGUCCUCCCUAUUCUGGACUGGGAUACCCUCCCCAUCCUGCCUAUCAGGGAGGAUACUCUGGUCAAUUCCAGCCAAUUAACCAGUCCCAACCUGACCAUCAUUGUGUGAAGGAUUCCAAGAAGCGCAAUGGAGCAAAGGAAUUCAUCAAAUAUGUCGGUUUUAUUAGUGCAGGAAGACUUGUCUGUGACAGCUUGACGGAAAUCGUGGAGGAAGUGAUCUCAUAGAGCAGUGGAAAGAUAAUUCUUAGAGAUUGUGUUGUAGCCUUUGAGUGGAUCAAGAACUCCAACGCAGAAGCAAUUUUGCCUGGUUUUAUACAUCUGCUAAUAAAACAAAACUGAUGUAAAUGUG